GUGGGGAUGGGGAGGACCCACUCGCGGCGCCCGUGGGAGGGGCGAGAGUCGUCCCGGGGCCGUGUCGGUGCCGGUGCCCGCGGCAUGGCGGGGCUGCCCGGCUUCGCACGGACCCGGAGCGGUCCCCCGGGCGCCCCCGCCGCCCUGCCCGCCCUGGACGGCGCCUUCCUCCUCUCGCCGCUCGGGGGGCUGAUGGGUGCCCAGGCCGUGCUCGGCUUGCUGGUGUGGGCUCUCAUCGCUGACACAACAUACCACCUCCAUGCAGCAUAUGGCUGGGUGAUGUUCGUGUCCAUCUUCUUCUGGAUACUAACGGUCCUUUUCUUCGUGACUUACCUCCUCCAGCUUCAGCUGAAGUUCUAUGUGAUCCCCUGGCCCCUCAUGCUGACCAUCUUCAACGCUGUGGCAACGAUCCUGUACAUCACUGCCUUUGUAACGUGUGCGGCCGCCGUCCAGCCUACGUCUUGGCGGCAGUGGGAUUACAACCGGAGAGCUGCAGCAUCCUUCUUUGCUUGCCUCGUGAUGAUCGCCUAUGGGGCGAGCACCUUCUUCAGCUUCCGUGCCUGGAAAGGACUCGGCAGCAAUGCGGCCACCAGCCAAGUGACUGACCACGUGUAAGGAGCAGACAUCAAAGCCCAGCCCUGGGGCACCCUGGGUCAGCUUAUGUCGGGCUCAGUGGCUCAGAGCCUCACGUGCCACCAGGUCUUCUCCUUGGACCAUCCGCGGCUGGCAGGGAUGCUCAGUGCAAGGUCGUGUGGACGCUGCCCUGUGGUCUCUGAUGAUGCUUCCAGAUGAUGUGCCCACAGCACAAACCCACCAGUGCUGUUACCCACAGCCUCACUGUGAGGACGUGGACUCACUGGGGGCUGAAGCUUCUGCUUGUCCUUGGGGUUAAUCCAGAUCCUCGCUGGAACAGCUCCGCUGAGGGCCUCAGCCAACUCGGCACACUUCAGCACUAAAAUUCACUAAACCAAGCCCAGGCUCCUGCCUCUGGUCACUCACAGCUACAGUGUAAGUAAUUGCAAUUAACAUGAUACGUAAACAGGGGCAGAGCUGGAAGAUGAAGGCUAAGCAAGGGAAGCAGCCCAAACUGUUCUGGUAUUGAUUUCUAACAAUUUGAAGCACAAAUUUUAUGCUUUAAAUAAAAAUCUUCCUAAAUCCA